AUGUCCGCCAACGACACUUUCGAAGGCUGGUGCGGCCUCGACCCCAGCGCGGCCGAGGGCAACAUGAAAUGGCAAUCCUUCACGCCCAAGCCAUUCGAGCCGACCGACGUCGACAUCCAGAUCAGCCACUGCGGCAUCUGCGGCUCGGACCUGCACACGCUGCGGUCGGGCUGGGGCGCGACGCCGUACCCGUGCGUCGUGGGGCACGAAAUCGUCGGACGGGCCGUCCAAGUCGGCUCUUCGGCCAGCAAACGCAUCGCGGUGGGCGACCGGGUCGGCGUGGGCGCGCAGUGCUCGUCGUGCCUGCGGCCCGAGUGCGAGUUCUGCGCCGACGGCAACGAGAACCACUGCCCGGGGAUGGUGACGACGUACGCGGCGGCCUUCCCGGACGGCAGCAAGGCCUACGGCGGCUACGCCACGCGCCACCGCUGCCCGGCCCACUUCGUCGUCAAGAUCCCCGACGGCAUCGCGUCGGCCGACGCCGCGCCCAUGCUGUGCGGCGGCGUCACCGUCUACAGCCCGCUCAAGCGCAACGGCUGUGGCCCCGGAAAGAAGGUCGGCAUCGUCGGGCUCGGCGGCCUGGGCCACUUCGGCGUGCUGUUCGCCAAGGCGCUGGGCGCGGACGAGGUCGUCGUCAUCUCGCGGACGGGCGCGAAGAGGAAGGAUGCUGAGGCGAUGGGCGCGACGGGCUUCGUCGCGACGGAUGAGGAUGAGGACUGGGCGACCAAGAGCCCGUACGUGAACUCGCUCGACCUGAUCGUGUCGACCGUGAGCUCGCCGAAGAUGCCGCUGAUGGGCUACUUGAGCCUGCUGAGGUUCAGGGGCGCCUUCAUCCAGGUCGGCGCGCCGGAGGACUCGCUGCCCGGCAUCAACGCGUUCCCGUUGAUCAUGAAGGAGAUUAAGAUUGGAGGCUCGGCCAUUGGUCCGCCGCACGAGAUCGAGGAGAUGCUGCAGCUGGCGGCCGAGAGGAAGAUUAAGCCGUGGGUCCAGGUGCGGCCGAUGAAGGAGGCGAACCAGGCGGUUGUUGAUUUCGAAGCGGGGAAGCCAAGGUACCGGUUUGUUCUUGCAAACGAGUAG